AUGGGCAACAAGGCCAGCACCACAACCACAACCACAACAACAGCAGCAGCAGUACACAGAUGCCUCCUAUCCGCUGUAGACGGAAACUCAGCACUCGUCUCAUUCCAAAACGACUUCCUCUACGGAGUCACCGCCGUUCAUGAAUACAAUCUCAAUUUCCCUGUGACUCCUGCUGCGGUUACGUUCCCAGAGACGAGCGAGCAGGUCGCCGCAAUUGUCAAGUGCGCUGCGGCGCAUAAGUAUAAAGUGCAGGCGAGGAGUGGGGGUCAUAGUUUUGGGAAUCAUGGACUCGGUGGUGCAGACGGCGCGGUCGUCGUUGACAUGAAGCAUUUCCAGCAGUUCUCGAUGGAUGAGGCAACUCAUGUCGCGACUAUCGGACCCGGCUUGUCGCUAGGAGACAUCGAUACAAUGCUCUACAAUGCAGGAGGGAGAGCAAUGUCCCAUGGUCUAUGUCCCGAGAUCCGCGCUGGUGGGCAUCUUACCAUUGGCGGAUUAGGACUCACAUCGAGGCAAUGGGGAAUGGCGCUGGACCAUAUCGAAGAAGUUGAGGUCGUGCUCCCGGAUUCAAGAAUUGUGAGGGCAUCUGAGAUCGAAAAUGCGGAUCUGCUUUUCGCCGUGAAAGGCGCUGCGGCGAGUUUUGGCAUCGUGACUGGGUUCAAGGUGCGUACUCAGACUGCGCCGAGGGGGGCUAUUCGGUAUUCAUAUUCGUUUAAACUGGGUAGCGCAGCGCAGAGAGCGAGGUUGUUUGCAGACUGGCAGGACUUCAUACUAAGUGAAGAUCUCAGCCGGAAGUUCACGUCGGAUUUUAUAUGUCUGCAAGACAACGUGAUACUCAAGGGUGUUUUCUUCGGCUCCGAGGAGGAAUAUCACGCUCUCGGGCUCGAUCACCGCUUCCCCGGCUCAGACUCAAGCAAGCUUCUCUUCCUAGAUGACUGGCUAGGAACAGUGACACAUGUUGUCGAUGAUCUCGCCGUGCAUCUUGGUGGUUUCAUGUCAUCGUAUUUCUACGCAAAAUCCUUAGGCUUCACACGGGAAACCGUCAUGCCACCAUCAACAAUAAACGACCUCUUUACCUACCUCGACAAAACAAACAAGGGAACACUAACCUGGUUCGUGACAUUCAGCCUCGUCGGCGGCGCCAUCAACGACUACCCCAAGAACGCCACUGCAUACCCGCACCGAGACGUGAUGUAUUGGAUGCAGUCAUUUGCGAUUAACGCUCUUGGUCCCGUGCUAGAUAGCACGUAUGACUUUCUAGAUGGGAUUAAUGGGCUUAUCACGCGGGAUGUACCGGGGAGUGCCGGGCAUGCGUAUUUGGGAUGUCCGGAUCCGAGGUUAAACCAUGCUAAGAGGGCUUAUUGGGGCGGUAAUUUGAGGAGGUUGGAGGAGAUGAAGGGGGUUUUUGAUCCAGGGGAUGUUUUUUGGAAUCCGCAGGGUGUGGGUGUUGUGUAG